GGAAGACGAUUCAUAUGCCCACAAGUCAGUCUUCAAGUGUUGACAAAGCAAGAGCACAUAAUGAUUAAUAAUAUUAAAAUGAAUCACAUAAUUAUUAUGUGCGGUUGUCUACUUUUUACUAUAUGUGUCGAUUCCAGAUCAAUUGAAAAAAACAACAAUAUCAACAUUCAUCCCGUAGAAAAGUUUGUUGAGGUAAAAAACAGAUACAAAAGGGACUUUUCAUAUGAAGAAAUAUUAAACAGACUUCAAUUUCCUGACGUGACAUCUACUAGUUAUGUAAAAAAAAUUAUUGGUACUGGACCAUUAGCCAACAACAUUGUUAUGGUUGGCUUUGGAAAGGAUAAUAACAAUUAUAUUUCUUUCCGAUAAGAAAUGAUUAAUUGUUUGUUGUGAGUAAUGUGAAUAUUGGAAUAAAAUUUUCUAAUUAAAAUAAACGUUUUGUGUAA